AUGGUGGAUAAUGCUUCCAGAGUUUGUCACAAGGUUGUUUCCAUGGUGUACAUGAUGAUACCAAUCAGCAUGGUCCACCUGGCAGUCAAGAUCCGAGCUCAACUCAUCGAGCAGCAGAAAUGCCUGGAGCAGCAGACUGAAAUGAGAGUGCAGCUUCUUCAGGAUCUGCAGGAUUUCUUCCGCAAGAAGUCGGAAAUAGAGAUGGAGUAUUCACGAAACCUGGAAAAGUUGGCAGAGAGGUUCAUGGCAAAAACAAGAAGUACAAAGGAUCAUCAGCAGUACAAGAAAGAUCAGAACCUCUUGUCACCGGUGAAUUGCUGGUACUUACUCCUGAACCAAGUGAGAAGAGAAAGCAAAGACCAUGCAACACUGAGCGAUAUCUACCUGAACAACGUGAUCAUGCGAUUUAUGCAGAUAAGUGAAGACUCCACCAGAAUGUUCAAGAAGAGCAAAGAGAUUGCGUUUCAGCUUCAUGAAGACUUAAUGAAAGUACUUAACGAGCUUUACACGGUCAUGAAAACAUACCACAUGUAUCAUGCAGAGAGCAUCAGUGCAGAAAGCAAACUGAAGGAGGCAGAGAAGCAAGAAGAAAAACAGAUUGGGAGGUCAGGAGACCCUGUUUUUCAUAUUCGACUAGAAGAAAGGCACCAGAGACGAAGUUCUGUGAAAAAGAUUGAAAAAAUGAAAGAAAAGCGUCAAGCAAAAUACUCUGAAAACAAGCUGAAAUCUAUUAAGGCCCGCAAUGAAUACCUGCUCACCCUUGAAGCAACCAAUGCUUCUGUUUUCAAGUAUUAUAUUCAUGACCUUUCGGAUUUAAUUGACUGUUGUGACCUUGGAUACCAUGCUAGUCUUAACAGAGCCCUAAGGACGUACCUUUCUGCAGAGUAUAACCUUGAAACUUCCAGGCAUGAGGGCUUAGACAUCAUUGAAAAUGCAGUUGACAGCUUAGAGCCACGAAGUGACAAGCAGAGAUUCAUGGAAAUGUACCCCACCGCUUUUUGUCCACCGAUGAAAUUUGAGUUCCAGUCUCAUAUGGGUGAUGAGGUUUGUCAGGUCACUGCCCAGCAACCUGUGCAAGCAGAGCUUCUGCUUAGGUAUCAGCAACUACAAUCACGAUUGGCCACACUGAAAAUCGAAAAUGAGGAGGUUAAGAAAACAACAGAGGCUACCCUGCAGACAAUACAAGAUAUGGUCACCAUUGAAGACUAUGAUGUGUCAGAGUGUUUCCAGCACAGUCGCUCAACAGAGUCUGUGAAGUCAACAGUCUCUGAGACAUACCUGAGUAAGCCUAGCAUUGCAAAAAGAAGAGCUAACCAGCAGGAAACAGAGCAGUUCUAUUUCAUGAAAUUCAGAGAAUAUCUGGAAGGUAGUAAUCUCAUCACUAAACUUCAAGCAAAACAUGACUUGCUGCAGAGGACGCUUGGAGAAGGUCACAGGGCAGAAUACAUGACCACAAGGCCUCCAAAUCUUCCCCCUAAGCCCCAGAAACACAGGAGGCCCAGACCCCGAUCACAGUGUAGUGCUAAGUUGUUUAAUGGUGAUUUGGAGUCAUUCAUCAAG